GUUGACGUCACACGCGGUCAAUUGGCACCGAGCGAUACAGUGAGCGGUUUUGCUCUCUCUUCUAGUAGAAGUUCUACCGUUUGCUGGCAUCCCCGCACUCAUUCUCUCUCCUCUUUCAAACGCACUCAGACAGAUAAUUUCUGCUAACAGACGUCGAUUUUUGAAGCUCCGUAUUUGAGAGGAUUUCUGUUGUCAAGCUCAUCAGAAUAAAAGUGCUGGAUCCACGUUGUCAUUGGUGCGGUGGUAUGGCAAGUCUACGUCACACGUGGGUUAUAUCUGUCUUAGCACUGGCCUGUACAGUUGCCAUCGGUUCACCAGUCGGGGAGCCCAAGGAAUCCGUUCCCUCCGCCAUCUCAGAGCCAGCUCAGGAAGCCUCCGUGUCAACACAAGAGACAGUGCCAGGGGCAGACAAACCGGAAGUACCAGAGACGCCACCAGGGGACGCCGUUGAGGCCCCCAAGAUAGAACCAACUCAGACGGACGAGGCAGUGGUUAACUCCCCACAGACGGCAGAGUCGUAUGCGAAAGAAGUUCUUCGACAGUUCUUCGAAGAGCUCAAGAAACACCCGAAACUUGUGGAACAGAUCUUGAACCAUGAGACUUACAAAGAGAUAUCUGCUUUAAAAGCUAUCGAUCCCAACCUGGCCAUCAGGUCGCCGGAAGUUGUCAAUCCAAGCCCAUUGUGGCAGUACAUGCCCCCCUUCACGCCGGGUCAGAGUCAGGUCGAACAAAAAGUACCUCAACGUCAACUGCGACAGCAACUGCCACUGCAGCAGCAACAACAGCAGCAGCAACAACCGCAGCAACAGCAACAACCACAGCAGCAGCAGCUGCUGCAGCAACAGCAAACAAAUCCUCAGCAAGUGCAGCUGCAACAACAACCGCAACCAAUCCAGAACUUUGGUAGUGCUUUCUUGGACUUCUGGAAAUGA